GGAUUGCUGGAUGAAGGCCAGCCCCAGGACUUGGAGCCAGAUGUCAGAGAGAAGCUGGAUUCCCUUGUGAGCAGCUCCCACAGCCCCCACAAGUGCCCUUCCCCUCGGCAGCUCCGGGAGGUGCCAAGGUCCCCGCGCAGACAUGGCAUUUAGGAGGACAGAGGGAAUGUCCAUCAUGCAGGCCUUGGCCAUGACUGUGGCAGAGAUCCCCGUGUUUGUUUACACGACUUUUGGGCAGUCUGUGUUCUCUCAGCUGAGACUCUCUCCAGGCCUGAGGAAGGUGCUCUUUGCCACAGCCCUCGGGACAGUUGCCUUGGCUCUCGCGGCUCAUCAGCUGAAGCGCCGGCGCCGCCGGAAGAAGCAAAUCGCUCCCGAGAAAUGUGGAUUUAAACCAGGAGGGAUCACAGUGCCCAUCCUGCCAACCAGAAGGGUCUCCUCUGUGAAGAAAGGCUACUCCAGCAGAAGGGUCCAGAGUCCUGGCAGCAAGAGCAAUGACACGCUCAGCGGGAUUUCCUCCAUUGAGCCCAGCAAACAUUCCAGUUCCUCCCACAGCCUCGCCUCGAUGGUGGCUGUCAACUCCUCCAGUCCAACACCCGCAGGAAUGUGGGAGGCCCAGGCAAUGGGAGAUGCUGGAGCCAUUGGGGAUGCCAGUGCAGAAAGCCUCUAUGUUCAAGGCAUGGAGCUGUUUGAGGAGGCCCUGCAGAAAUGGGAACAGGCACUGAGCAUCAGGCAGAGGGACAGUGCCAGUACCAGCACCCCUGUGCCCUGGGACAGCAGGAAACAGCAGGAGAGCAUAUCUGAGAAUAUUUCAGAGGAGGAGUCCCAGAAAAGGGAGUUUGCUGAGAAGCUGGAAUCCCUCCUGCACCGAGCCUACCACCUCCAGGAAGAGUUUGGAUCCUCACUCCCAUCAGACAGCAUCCUGCUGGAUCUGGAGAAGACUUUAAUGCUCCCGUUGGCGGACGGAUCGCUGCGGCUCCGGACGGACGAUGAGGACAGCUCAGCUUCUGAGGAUUCCUUCUUCUCUGCAGCAGAGCUCUUUGACUCUCUCCCCUUUGAGGAAAUGCCAUUCCACCUCUCCAGGCCUGUGGCAGCAUAUGAAGAAGCCCUGCAGCUGGUGAAGGAAGGGAAGGUCGCCUGCCGGACGCUGAGGACGGAGCUCCUCGGCUGCUACAGUGACCAGGAUUUCCUGGCAAAGCUGCACUGUGUCAGGCAGGCAUUCCAGGAGCUGCUGGAGGAUGAAAGCAAUCAACUGUUUUUUGGGGAGGUUGGGAAGCAGAUGGUGAUAGGACUGAUGACAAAGGCUGAAAAGAAUCCCAAAGCUUUCCUGGAAAGCUACGAGGAGAUGCUGCGUUAUGCACUGAGACAAGAGACCUGGCCGACUACUCAGCAGGAGCUGGAGGGAAGAGGGGUGGUGUGCAUGAGUUUCUUUGAUAUUGUGCUGGACUUCAUCCUCAUGGAUGCUUUUGAGGACCUGGAGAACCCGCCCUCCUCCGUGCUGGCCGUGCUGCGCAACCGCUGGCUCUCCGACAGCUUCAAGGAGACGGCUCUGGCAACUGCCUGCUGGUCAGUUCUGAAAGCAAAAAGGAGGCUUCUGAUGGUACCAGAUGGCUUUAUCUCUCAUUUCUACUCCGUAUCGGAGCAUGUCAGUCCUGUUCUAGCCUUUGGUUUUCUGGGGCCCAAGCAGCAGCUCUCUGAAGUCUGCAGUUUCUUCAAGCAUCAGAUAGUGCAGUAUCUGAAGGACAUGUUUGAUUUCGACAACGUGAGGUACACGACGGUGCAGCUGCUGGCAGAAGACAUUCUGCAGCUGUCGCGGCGGCGCAGCGAGAUCCUCCUGGGAUACCUGGGCACCGAGAGCUCCCCGGAGAUGAACGGCACGCUCCCUGGGGAAACAGAGCCACUCAAGGAGGAGCUCAUCUGAUGUCAGGGGAGGAAAACACUUUUUGUACAAGGACCUUUUUUCCCCCCAGAGGUGGAUAAAACUACCUGCAGCAUGCAGCGGUGGCAGCAAGACUGUCUCAACACACCUGGCGGGACCUUCUGCUUUUUGUAGCCAGUAGUGUUUGCUGGGAUGGAUCCGGGACCACUUGCCAGCUUAUGGUUUGAAUUUCUUCUUUGUUCCACCUUCCUGUUCUUUUUAUUAUUAUUACUUUUAAUGUGUCAUAUAUACAUUGUGUCCUGAACUGCCCGGGCCCAGAUUUUUGCCCAUUCUCUUGAAUAGGGCAAAUACACGUUCCUGUUUUGCCUGUGUGUGUUUUCUGGGAGGUAAUUCCUGAUGUUUACGGUGUGGGAACAGGAAUGUCAUUAGUAAAUUCUCCACUUGACCACUAGCUUCUCAAGGAGGCUUUGCUUGCUUUGGGAUUUUAUUACUGGUCCUCUCUGCUGUGUUCCUACAGACGUUAAUUACUGCUGAUUUUUACUUUCCCUGUGUUUAACACAUGCAAUGUGACUGGUGAAAAUUUCUUUCCUGGGGAGGAAGAAAUAGUUCUGUAAAGCACUGAAGCAAAAUGCAGUCUGAAGCUCUAGGGAAACUGGUCUGUUCCCUUGGUGUUGCUGCUCUUUGCAGACCAGAUGACGGGGUCUGUGCUGUGGUAAUCUUUGCUUAGGAGGUUGCUGAGGUCUGUGUUUGCCCCCAGGGCAAGUUAGUGUGAGGAGGGGAUUUGCAUCCUGCCUGUGCAUGCACAAAGUGUUUACCAUCCAUCGAAGUGCCUUGCUGGAUUUCAGAAUGAGCCAGCAGCAGGUUUUUGCUGGGUAGGAGGUGUGGGGUGUGUGCAGGAGGGAAACAGUGUAAUGUGGUGCCUAUUGCUGUUAUGCACAAGGUGGUCAGAGGUGUAGAGGUUGGAUGUGUGCACAAAAGGGGUUGUGUGUGCAGAUAGUUGGAGAGCUGGGGUCAAGCUUCUAGAGAGGAAAUGACUCUUGAUAGUCUGUCAGUCCUAACAAACAGAGUUUUGGGUAAUGAUGGAGAGUGUGUGGGUGUAUGAUGUGGUUCUGCUGGGGUUGGGUCUCCUCAAAUGCUGUGGUCCUGACUGCAUGGCCAGCACCUGGAAUCUGCCUGCUUUGGGAUGGGAGCUGAGUUGGAUACUCGUGUGGGACAGCAGCAGUGGAGUGUGCUGGACUUGCAGAAUCAUAGAAUAUGCUGAGUUGGAAGGGACUCAUCAGGAUCAUCAAGUCCACCCCCUUGGCCCUGCA